GCUGCGAUCGAAGACAGAAAGUUGACAAGGGACUAACGAAGAUGGACGUAAAAGGGCGAGUUGCCCUGGUGACGGGUGCCGCUUCCGGUAUCGGGAAAUCGUGUGCCAUAGAAUUAUUAAACCAAGGCGCGAAGGUGUCCGUGUGCGACAUCGACGCGGACGAGGGCGAGAAACUGGUAGAAACCUUGACCACGGAAUACGGAAAGGAUCGUGUAAUUUUCUGUCAGUGCGACGUCACGGACUACUCACAAUUCGAGGAAUCGUUUCAAACGACGAUCUCAACGUUCGGUCACAUCGAUAUUGUCAUUAACAAUGCAGGGAUCAUGAACGAUCGGUUUUGGGAGCUGGAAGUCGAUAUCAACGUCAAUGGCGUGAUCCGCGGAACUCUGCUGGCUCAGCGAUUUAUGGGAACCGACAAGGGUGGUCAAGGCGGCAUAGUGGUUAAUAUUGGAAGCAAUGUCAGCAUCAAUCCUUACGUCAGUGUCCCGGUCUAUUCCGCCACUAAAGCAGCGAUCGUAAAUUUCACCAGGGCUUACGGGCAUCAGUACCACGUGGAUCUGAGCGGCGUGAAGGUGAUGGCGCUGUGCCCAAGCGCCACUGACAGUAAAUUGUUACGGGACGUUAGUAAACAGCUGCUCUGGGCUCGAUACGAGGACGCCUGGCAUCGCGACGUGGCCAGCUCGGUCCCACAAAGGCCGGAACACGUGGCAAAGGCACUGCUCCAUAUCCUGAACACCGGCAAGAGCGGAAGCAUUUGGUUGGUGGAGAACGAUCAGCCCCCGCACGAGAUCAAUUUCAGUAUCGUGAUCGCGGAUCACGAUCCAGACCGAGGGAAAAUGGCGUCGCGGAUGCUCUGCGAUUCGUACGGAAAGGAUCGCGUGCAAUUUCUCGAGUGCAACAUGAACAUUCUUUGUCAACUCGAAGCCACUUUGAAUCAGGCUCUCUGCAAACACAAACAGAUACACAUACUUUUCAACGACCUCGACAAGGUGCAGUCUCCUGCAAAGUGCAAUAGCUCGGAGAAGAAGGAGAACUACAUAUCAAAAACGAUACGAGUGGGACUGAAGAUUUUAGGAAAGAAUCAUGGCGGUCCCGGCGGAAUAAUAGUGAAUUGCGCGAGCAUUUUAGGAUUCAUUGGCUGGCCCGAGGACCCAUUCCCCAUUUAUUGCAAACACGAACCGGCUAUAGAGGUCACGAUGGACUUCGCGCCCCGUAUGCCUCGUCUUUUAUCGAAGGAGGAAUUCAACAUAGAAGAGACUGGUGUGCGUAUGGUGGCUCUUUGUCCAACUAAUAAACAGUUCCGCGACAUAGGGUUGCCCUGUUUUCCGGAUCCAAUUCCUAAAAACCGUAUCGAGGAGACGCCACCUUGUAUACCAACUUCGAUAGGUCACAUAGGGUCAGCUUUGAGCCACGUAAUAGCGUGGGGGAAAAAUGGAAGCGCGUGGUUGGUGGAACCGGCGAACAGCGUACACGAGAUUCCUCGAUUGAUUCAUUUCCCCUCGAAGAAAGGCGAGAAAGUCGAUCCCAAAGUCUACGAGGAACAAGACAAGACUGCGGUGAUCACCGGCGGAGCGAGCGGUAUCGGUUUCAGCACCGUCGAGCAAUUGUUGCAUGGCGGCGCCAAGCACGUGGCGAUCCUGGAUUUGCCAAAUUUGUACGGAGAGACCGUGAUCGAGAAGCUCGAGAGUCAAUUCGGCGAGGGUCGCGCGUUUUUCUUCGCCUGCGACAUCACCAGCCAGGAUCAAGUGGAUUCGACCUUUAAGAAACUCGUCGAGAGGCUGGGAGACAUCGACAUUCUGAUUAACAGUGCCGGAAUUGCGGACGACACGAAGUGGGAACGCAUGAUCGACGUAAAUUUCACAGGAAUCGUUCGCACGAAUCUCGUUGCCAUCGAUUUAAUGGGGAAACACAAUGGCGGUAAAGGUGGCACGAUCGUGAACGUGGCGUCCGUGGCUGGCAUCACGCCUCAACGUUACUUGCCGGUUUACGGUGGAACGAAGUAUGCAUUAGUUGCGUUCACAUCCAACAUAAAAUUUAGCUAUAAUAAAACUGGUGUUCGUAUGAUGCUAAUGUGUCCAGGCAUGACCACCACGCCACUGACCGUGAGCGAGGGUAAAAUUCAAACUUUAAACUGCAUCGAAUUCGGUCAAGACCUCGAGGAGUUAAAAAUGCAGCCAUGGCAAACAUCGGAGCACGUGGCCAAAGCGAUGAUCGAAUUAAUCGAAAAAGGAGAAAAUGGCGCGACCUGUGUCGUCACCAAAUCGGAACCGCCGUAUCUCGUCGACAUACCUACGAUUUUUAACCUGACCUCGCGUCCAUUGUAA